AUGGAUGAGGACCUACCACAAAGGACGCUGCGGCAGCAACGCCCCUUGCGCCCUUUUGCUCAGCAGCAACUGCAGCAACCAUUGCAGCAGCAGCUGCUGCUAAAUCAGCAGCCGCAGCAGCAGCAACAGGAAUGGCUACAACGACCUCAGCAGCAGCACAUGCAGCUGCAGCAGCAGCAGCAAAUGCUGCAUGGGCGUACCCCACUAGUGAAUCCAUUACCUGCAGCAGCAGCAGCUACUGCUUCACCUCACGUAAGUGCAGCAGCAGCAGCAGCAGCGGCAGCAGGAGCAGCAGGCCACAGCUUUUUGCAGCCUCGCCUGCUUAGCAGCAGCAGCAGCAGCAGCUUGGGCUCUGCUCACGGGGUGCUGUCUGCUUCUGCCUUUACGGGGGGCGUCAGGCCUUCCUUGGAGGUGCCAUGGAUCCGCAGCAGCAGCAGCAGCAGCAGCAGCAGCACUAACCCAGCCUAUGCUGCACCGCUGUUUUCUUCUGCUUCAGGGGGUCCUGCUGCUGCAGCAGCAGCAGCAGCAGCGCAGCAGCAGCUGCGCCCCACAUCGGGAAUUUGCGCAGGGCAGCUGCAGCCGCAGCUGCCUAUACACCCCAGGUCCUUCUCGGCUGCAGCAGCACAACGUAGGGGAAGAUCGCAACAGCCGCAGCAGCAACUGCUGCAGCAGCAGCAGCAGCACGUCUUGCAGCAGCAGGAUGUGCGAUGCCCUAUGACACGUCUUCUCGCUAGUGCAGCAGCAGCCUCCGAUGUUACAGCUGUAGCCCCUUCGCUGCAUACGUUGCUGCAGCAGCAGCAGCAGCAACAGCAACAGCAGCAAGGGCUGCACCGUGUGCCGCAUCUGCUGCUGCGCAAUGAGCCGCCAGCAGCAGGACACAGCGAGACACACCUGUCCGCUACAGCAGCAGCAGCAGCAGCAGCAGCAGACUUCUCACAACGAGUUGUAUCGGAGCAGCAGCUGCUGCUGCAGCAAGCAGCAGCAUACCGCCGCCGCAGCUGCAGCAGCAGCUGCCGCUCGGCCCCACAGGGUGCUGGUUCUGUGGCUUCUUCUUGCAUAGACAGAAGAAGACAGCAGCAUGAGCAGCAGCAGCAGCAAAUGCAGCAGCAGCAGCAGCACCAGUCAGAGUGGCACCGUCGGCAGCAGGAGCAGCAAAUGCAGCAGCAAUUGUUCCCUUCCCGUCUAGAAGCACAAGAACAGCAACAGCAGCUGUAUCAGCAGCAACAGCAGCAACAGCAGCAACAGCAGCAACAGCAGCAGCAGCAGCAGCAGCAGCAGCAAGGAUCAGGGGGUCUCCUUACUCGUGCUUCUGCUGCUGGUCAAUCUUUGCUAGGCUUUGGUAGGCAAUUAGCGCGGCAGCUGCUGCGGCACACUCCUGUUGCUGCUGCUUCUCGUACUCCCUCUGUAUGCUCCCUUAAGCGUUACCUUGAGGUGCAGCAGCCGCCAAGGAGGAAGAUGAGCCGCACGGACCCUGCUGCUGCUGCUACAGCAGCAGCUGCUGUUGCUGCUUUUGCACAGCAGCAGCAACAGCAGCAGGAGCAGCAGCAGCAGAUAUGGCAAGGACUACGAGAAGGAGCGGUCCUAGCACAUCCCCCGUGGCAGCAACCUUCUGCUGCAGCAACAGCAGCAGCAGCUCCUGCUGCGGCAGCAGACGUCAUGGGUGGUAUGUCUCAAGGACACCUAAUGCAGCAGCAGCAGCAGCAGCAGCAGCAGGAGUUCCUGCUGCAGCAGCAGCAGCUACGGUGCCGGUACAGUAGGCAGGGCUUCUCUCUUGCUAGGGCUCGUUCGUCGCUGCAGCAACUUGCUGCUGCACUAGCGACGAAGGAGGAGCUGCUGCUGCUGCGGGAGAAUUAUGCACGCAAGCAGCAGCGCAAGCAGCAGCAGCAGCAACAGCAGCAGCAACAGCAGCAGGGGUCACAAGGGGACACCAGUGGAGCGGACUCUACACAGGAGCAGCAGACGCAGCAGCAGCAGCAGGAGCAGCAGCAGCAGCAGGAGCAGCAUUUAACUACCCAGCUUGGUGGCCGCUUUUUAUCUAUGCAUGCGCCACUGCUGCUGCAGCAGGACGCAGCGGUUGCUGCUGCUGUUGCAGCAGCAAAUCAACUGUUACUGCUGCAGGACUCCUGCCCUAUGGAUGAGCAGCAGCACCACCAGCAGCAACAGCAGCGGCUGCAGCAGCAGCUGAUGCAGCGGGAAUACGGGGGUGAGCUGCUACUGCUGCUGCAGCAAGUGGAGGAGCAGCAAGAGGCUGUAGAUAGCGCGGUGCGGGUGCUGCUGCAGCAGGCUAACGCUACAGCAGCAGCAGCAGCAGCUACGGAAGCAGCAGCAGCAGCAGCACCACAUGAUUCUGCUACUGCCAAUGAACAGCAGCAGCAGCAACAGCAGCAGCAGCAGCAGCAGAGGGAGACAGUAGGAUCAGAGCAACGCCGUUUGAGCGCAUGCAGCAGCCCCAGUACGCGCAGCACUGGCGGCAGCAGCAGCAUAGGCAGCAGUGACAAGACCAGCAGCAACAGCAGCAGCAGCAGCAGCAACAUUAGCAGCACCAGCGCCAAGGUGGAUAGCCAAGGCGAGUCUUGCGGUGAUGCAGCAGCAGCAGCAGAAGCAGCAGCAGCAGCUGCUGCAACUGGUGCAGCAGCAAAGGAUGGCGAUCCAGUGGAUUCCCCGUCGGAUGCAACCGAAGCUGCAGCAGCAGCAACAGCAGCACGAGCAGCAGCAGCAACAGCAGCCGCAGCAGCAAAUGAGGUAGCAGCAACAGGCCGAAGUAUUUGUUGGCAAGACCUCUUAGGCUUCCCUGAGGAAGCUGUUGCUGCUCUUGUCCCUUCUGCUGCUACUGACGCAGCAGCAGCAGGAGGAGGAGGAGGAGGACAGACGACGGUCCCAAGAGCAGCAGCAGCAACAGCAGCAGCAGCAGCAGCAGCAGCAGCAGAGGCACCUGAUUUGUAUGGCCUUCGUAUGUAUCCUGAGCUGCUGCAUGCGAUGCUCUCCUUGCUGCCUGGAGAGUCGCCAACGCCUGGUGCUGUGAACUCUCUUAUUGCAACGUUUAAUGCCCUCGAGCUGCAGACAUCUGCUGCAGCAGCAACAGCAGCAACAGCAGCAACAGCAGCUGCUGCACCUCAAAGAGGGUCAAUUGUCUACUGCUUAGAGGCGCUGCAGAUGAAUGCUGCUGAGCUGCAGCGGCUGUGCAGCAGCCAAGGAGAUUUGCUGCUGAAGGCUAGAGACCUCGAGACGCAUUUCCAGAGGCUUAUUAACCGGAUGCAAAAGAGGCAACAGCAGCAGCAACAGCAGCAAAUGCAGCAACAGCAGCAACAACAGCAGCUGCAGCAGCAGGAAGCAACGCUGCUUGCCCCGGUCUAUGGAGAGGGAGUAGCCUUCCUCAUUGUCUUCUCUCUUACCCAGCAGCUUAACAGCAGCAGCAGCAGCAGCGAAGGGCAGCCGAUAAUACGGUGUACAUACACCGUGGUAGAUUGUCUAGGAGCCUUCAUGCAGCGGCAGCAGCAGCAGCAGCAGCAGCAGCUGGCGGAUACUCUUGCCUUGCUGCUAAGAUCGAGAAGGGGCCUUGCUUCUUUAGGGUCCAUCGAAGCGAGCAACCAGUGGGAGCUGCAGCUGCGGAUGACGGUGCUGCUGCCGCUGCCUAGUGCUGAAGAUGCUGCUGCUGAGCAGCAGCAGCAGCAGGAAGAGCAGCAACAGCAGCAAGAGCUGCAGCAGCAACAGCAGCAAGAGCAGCAACAAAGCGAAUCUUCUGCUGCUCCUGCUGAGGAUUCCGAUGCUCCUGCAGCAGCAGCAGCAGCAUGCAGCAGGGAGCUGCAGCGCCUAGCAGAGGAAGGGAAGAGGAGACUGCAGCAGCUGCAGCGGCUGCAGCGGCAGCAGGAGCAGCAGCAGCAGCAGCAAUUUACGGGGGAUGGGAUCGGCAUCGUUCUGCUGUUUACUAUUGAGGGAUUCUUCACGUAA